AUGGCUACCACAAGCAACGAGUCAGAUACCCCGCAAAAGAACACAGGUAAUGAAGAAAAUGAUGGCAAGGAUGAUCAGAAUAACAUGUUUGAGUGUAACAUAUGCUUAGAGAAUGCAAAAGAUGCGGUUGUCAGUGUUUGCGGCCAUUUAUUUUGCUGGCCAUGCUUGCAUCAAUGGUUAGAAACUCGAUCAGGUCGUCAAGUAUGCCCUGUAUGUAAAGCUGUUAUAAAUAAAGAUAAAGUAAUACCAAUUUAUGGACGAGGAAAUUCCAAACAAGAAGAUCCUAGAAAUAAAGUGCCACCUAGGCCUGCUGGUCAAAGAACUGAACCGGAUGCUAAUACUGGUUUCCCCGGUUUUACUUUUGGAGAUGGCGGUUUCCAUUUGUCGUUUGGAAUAGGUGCAUUUCCUUUUGGAUUCUUAACAUCUUUUAAUUUUACUGAUCGGCCUCAUGGAAUUCCAGUUGGUAGUCAACUACAACAAGAUGAUCAAUACUUAUCAAAACUUUUCUUAUGGAUUGCAGUAAUAUUUAUUGUUUGGCUAUUGUUAGCUUGA